CACAGUUCAGCUGCUGUGACGGGACGAAGAAGAUCACAUGACAGGUUUUGCAUAAGGAGGGAUUCGAUUUGCAAUCAAAAUCAGAAGAAGAAGAAAAAGACUCAAAUAGAGAAGAGCCAGUGAGACAAGGAUUCGAACUGGUGACGGUUUAACACUGAGUCGCAGUCGAAGGGGAAGAAUCAAACAUGUCACCAUCCGACAGUCCAGUCAACUCAGGUGUAAGAAGGUCCGUGCUGUGUGUUCUCCUUCUAUCAGGACUGUGUUCGGGCCUCCGUCACUACGUCUACGUCGGUGAACCGAAGACACGGUUGGAGGCGAAGACCUUCUGCAGAGAGAAGUACACUGACCUGGCCACUGUGGAGAACAUGGAGGACGUGCAGCGUCUGAUGGCAGCUGCUCCUGGUCUUCAGGGAGACGUGUGGAUCGGCUUGUACGACAGGUCCGUGAGGUGGUUCUGGUCCGCGGGAGAUCCUGGUCUCGAUACCCGGGACAAAACCCACUUUCAGAUGUGGAGACCAGGUCAACCAGACGCCAGCAGAUCUCUUGGGAAUCUGUGUGUGUCCAUGUGGAGUGGUGUCUGGGGAGAUCGUCAGUGCAGCAACCAACUCCCUUUUGUCUGCUACGACAAGACAAACAUACACGGCUUUCCGGACAUUUCCCCAGAGAGAUAUUUCUAUAUUAGAGAUUUUAAGAGCUGGCCCGAUGCUCAGGCUUACUGCCGGCUGCACCACACGGACCUGGCCAGCGUCCGGAAUCCAACUGAGAACACCAUGAUCGGGCAGCUGGUUCCCAUUGGCCAGCUGGCUUUCAUCGGCCUCCACAGACACACCUUCUCCUCCUGGUCAGAUGGGACUGAGUCCUCAUUUGAAAACUGGAUAAAUGGACGCCCGUACUCAGGAACUGGGAACUGCGUGGUCAGCAGGAUCGGAGCCGUUAACCCUGGAGAGUGGGAGGAAAGACCCUGUAGUGAGAGACAUCCCUUCAUGUGCUACAGCACAUCUUUGAGGCACUUGGUUGUUAUUAAGGUGAAAGUUCUGAAAUCCACGAUCAGCCUGAACGAUCCCACAGUGACGGACGCCAUCUUGAAUCAGAUAAAUGCAGAGAUGAAAAAGAGAGGGAUGAAGGAAGGUUUCAAAACUGCAUGGAUCAGAAAGGCUGAUGACAAAAUCUUCCACGAAGAAGAUGAGAACUAAGACUUAAAAAAAAUUACUGAGCAUUUACACAAUAUUCACUUAAACCGCACUUAUUCUAAACAUGAAAAGAGAAUGACCCUGCUCAUGAAACAAAUAUCAGAACUCAUUUAAAUGGAACGUGGACGAAUUGAAACCUUUUUUCCAUGAUCUCAAAACAGAUGUAAAACAGAUGCAAAGCUGUGUCGUCUUCUCUGAUGCAAAGUGUUGAACUGACACGUGUCUGUUGUCUGUUUCCAGCACGAACACACAAACCAUGACGUAAAACCUGAGAUCACACUAACAAAUGUUUCGACUACACAAAACCACAACGAGGCGUCGCUGCAACAGAAAAACUUCAUUUUAUUUCAGCUUCUUUUAUAAAUCAGGCAUAUUUAGUUUACUGAGUUUAUUUUUUGAUUGAUUUUUCAUGAACACUUUCUCAACUGAUGUUCUUCAUGAAAUGAGUGAAUUAUAUAUAAUUUCCUGUAAUGUUCUGACUGCUCCACUAGGUGGCGAUAGGCUGCAGGCUACUUGUUAAUCCAGAGAAUAAAGAAGCAGCUGUUUUUUUCUCGUGACUCAAUCCAGGAGCAGGUUGAACAAAUAAUUCAUAAUAUCAUCAUCAGAACUCAAUGCUCACAUAUCAUCAGCACAACGUUACACAACUAUUAAAGUAAUUUGAAUGAUAGAAAACACAAAGAAUCGUAUUUACUCUGGCCACUUGCUCAAUUUCUGUUUUUAUCAUAUUAGGGUUUUUUGUGGCUUAAACUUUCUCUUCUUGUUCAUUCCUCCUGUUUUUACAUCAUCUCAUCAUUUAAGUCUGGACUGUUUUGUUUUUGUUUCCAAUCAAAUCAGUUGUGUUGUUCCAGUUUGAGUGAGUCACUGAAAGUUCCCUUUGUGUGAACAUUUUCUUUGAUCGUAGUCGUGCGGCACAGAGUCUGUCACUGUCUGUA